CACCUGGAGUUUCCCAGUAGAAACUUCCCCGCUGCGUGAGGAGAUCUUAGCUGGAGGACGUGCACCCUCCCGCCCCUCUUCCAGCUCCUUUGGAAAGCCUGCCACACAGUCUCCACCGCGGCUUUACACGCGGCUCCUCGAAGCUGGCGCCCUCCGAUGGGGCCAGACCCCUCCCGCAGCAGUAAAAGCCCUGACUGCCAAUUGCCAGGCACCUUCGUCCACUUCACUGCUCCGAGACCCUAGGUGCCCGCCGCGGCGCGCUCGAAGGGGGCCGGGGUGCGGGACUGAGUGGCGCGGAGCCCACCACCGCGGCCCGAGGGGGACUGCACCCAGCGGCUGGGUGCCCGCAGCGCGCUUCCUCUCUCGAGCCGCGGACACUGGGCCGCGCCGACCCGCCAGAUUCCAACAAGAUUAUGGCAGAGCAGAGCCACAUGCAGAAGCAGCUGGAUUUACAGAAUGGUAGCUUAGAGGCAGGCUUUGUGGAGAACUCCCUCGAAAACGAUUCCCAAAACAUGAUGGAGAGCCUGAGCCCAAAGAAAUAUUCUUCCAGUCUGAGAUUUAAAGCCAAUGGAGACUGUUCUGGCUCCUAUUUAACCCUCUCACAACCUGUGCCUGCUAAAAGAAGCCCUUCUCCUUUGGGAACCAGUGUCAGAAGUAGCCCUUCUUUGGCCAAAAUUCAGGGAACAAAGCAGUUCUCUUGCGAUGGAAGUGACAAAAGUAUUUCCAUGAAACCGCCCACCCCUUUACGCAGCACCUCACCCUCCCUUAGUGGAUAUGCACUUGGGAGAGCAGACUUUGAUCAUUUUCUUGGCCGGGACGCCGAAAGGUCCUUGAGGCUUUCAGAGAAGCCUCCCUAUUCCAAAUAUAGCUCAAGGAAUAAAUCCCAUGACAAUGUCUACUUUCUCGGAGGGCUGGAAGGCCGAAAAGCAUCUGGCUCGCUCCUGACCAUGUGGAAUGGAAGUUCCCUGAGUGACACUGGCUCCUCGCCCAUCAACAGGUCAGGGGCGGCCAGCAUGCCUUCAAGCCCAAAGCAAGCCAGGAAAAUAAGCAUCCAGGACAACCUGACACUUCAGCCCAAGUUGAGCAGACACCGGGACCCGGCAUCUGAAAACAUCAGUUUAAGAACCAGGAAGUACUCUAGCGGCAGCCUGAGUCACAUGGGCGCCUACAGCCGCUCUCUCCCCAGGUUGCAUAGAGCCACCGAGAACCAGUUGGCACCCCUCAGUCUGCCUCCAAGAAGCUCUCUGGGCAAUUCCAAACGAACGAAACUGGGGGAAAAGGAUCUACCUCAUAGCAUUAUAGACAAUGACAAUUACCUGAAUUUUUCUUCUUUGAGCUCAGGAGCUUUGCCCUAUAAAGCCUCUGCCUCCGAGGGCAGUCCGUACGUGAGUUCCACCCUCAGUGUGCCUGCCAGUCCUCGAGUGGCUCGCAAGAUGCUUCUGGCCUCCACCUCCUCCUGCACCUCUGACGACCUUGACAGGGCUUCCUACUCGGGUACCAGCCCUGGUCAUUCGUUUCCUCCUGGGGAGCUGGACCGAGCGUUUGCAGCCAGAAGGAACUUCUCGUGUGGAUCUGUCGAGUUUGAUGAUGCAGACUUGGACAGCCUCAGACAGGCCUCAGGAACCCCCCAGCCUGUCCUGCGGGAACGGAAAAGCAGCAUUAGCUCCAUUUCCGGACGAGACGACCUGAUGGAUUAUCACCGGCGGCAGAGGGAGGAGAGACUCAGGGAGCAGGAGAUGGAGCGAUUGGAGAGACAGCGUCUGGAGACCAUCCUCAGCCUCUGUGCUGAGUACACAAAGCCUGACAGUCGCGUGUCCCCCGGCACCACCGUGGCAGAUGUGCAGAAAAUCAAUAAAGAGCUGGAGAAACUGCAGCUCUCCGAUGAGGAGUCUGUGUUUGAAGAAGCCCUGGUGAGCCCGGACACCAGGUAUAGGUGCCACCAGAAAAGCGCUCUCCACGACGCGGACCUGGCAGGCUUUGGGAGCCUCAGUCAGAGCAGUGCCAGCUUCCUCCCGCCACGGGGCUCCAGGAAUGAUGAACUGCUCGGGGACCUCGCCAGGACUCCCCCGCCGCCCUCCUCUGCCUUUCUGAAAGCUUCCGGCGAGUCUGCUUACCUAAGUAUCCUACCAAAGACCCCAGAGGGUAUAAGUGAAGAACAAAGGAUUCAGGAGUUGACUGCGAUGGAAGAGACCCGGAUAGCAAUUCUGAACAACCUUGAAGAACUUGAACAAAAAAUCAAAGAUAUAAAUGACCAGAUGGAGGAAUCUUCCAGAGAGCUGGAUAUGGAAUGUGCUCUCUUGGAUGGAGAACAAAAAUCAGAAACAACUGAACUUAUGAAAGAGAAGGAGAUUUUGGAUCAUCUAAACCGGAAAAUCACAGAACUGGAAAAGAACAUUGUUGGUGAAAAGACCAAGGAGAAGGUAAAGCUUGAUGCUGAAAGGGAAAAACUAGAGAGGCUUCAGGAGCUUUACUCCGAGCAGAAGACCCAGCUGGACAAUUGUCCUGAGUCCAUGAGGGAACAGUUACAACAACAACUGAAGAGGGAUGCCGACCUACUGGAUGUUGAGAGCAAACACUUUGAAGACCUGGAAUUCCAGCAGCUUGAGCGUGAAAGCCGUCUAGAUGAGGAAAAGGAGAACCUGACCCAGCAGCUCCUGCGUGAAGUGGCUGAGUAUCAACGGAACAUUGUUACUAGAAAGGAAAAAAUUUCUGCAUUGAAAAAGCAAGCUAAUCACAUUGUCCAGCAGGCUCAAAGAGAACAAGAUCAUUUUGUGAAAGAAAAGAAUAAUUUAAUAAUGAUGCUGCAGAGAGAAAAGGAAAAUCUUUGUAAUUUGGAAAAGAAAUACUCCAGCCUCUCUGGGGGGAAAGGGUUUCCUGUCACCCCCAAUACUCUGAAAGAGGGCUAUAUCAUUGUAAAUGAGAUUAAUGAGUCAUGUGGCAGUUCCACGAAUCUCCCCCCUUCCACUCAGUUUCCUGCUGAUGCUGCUGCUGCUGCCACUGGGCCUACCACAGCUGUGCUGAUGAGCCAGCCACAAAGUAAAGAGCAAAGAUCGUCUGUCUGUCCUGGAUUUAUGUUUCCUUCCACUCUUUCUUCUCAUCCUAUCACUCAACCUCCAUCAGCCCCUUGGCCUGAAGCUGUGGCUACCUCUGUCGAUUCUUUUCCUUUAAAUGACACACCUCCUCCUCUACCAGCUAAGAAACACAGGAGGCAACAGCAGCAGGACCAGCAGCAUUUUAGAAGUCUGGAAGAAAGGAAAAAACAGCACCAGGAAGGCCUCUAUCUGAGUGACACUUUGCCUCGAAAGAAAACCACACCUUCCAUAUCCCCACAUUUCAGCAGUGCUACUAUGGGGAGAAGCACCACCCCAAAGGGCCACCUGCCCCUGGGACAGAGCAACAGCUGUGGCAGCGUGCUCCCCCACUCGCUAGCAACCAUGACCAAAGACUCAGAAUCUCGGAGGAUGCUCAGAGGGAAGUCCAAGAAAGGAAGAAUGAAUUUCUCAGCAGGAGCAGUUAGUAAUUCCAAAAGUUCAAGUGUCAAAGGAUAUAAUCACCAACAGAUGAGUGAAGGACAAAGGCAGAAGUCUUCUGAAUUUUGCAACCGCACAGCAUCUGAAUCGAAUGUCUACUUGAACAGUUUCCACUACCCAGAUCACAGCUACAAGGACCAGGCCUUUGAUACUCUGAGCCUAGACAGCUCUGACAGCAUGGAGACCAGCAUCUCUGCCUGCUCACCUGACAAUAUCUCUAGUGCCAGCACUUCAAAUAUUGCCCGAAUAGAAGAAAUGGAGAGACUGUUGAAGCAGGCUCAUGCAGAGAAGACCAGGCUGCUUGAAUCCAGGGAACGAGAAAUGGAAGCCAAGAAACGCGCUCUGGAAGAAGAAAAACGACGUCGAGAACUCCUGGAAAAACGGUUGCAGGAAGAAACUAGCCAGAGGCAGAAGUUAAUUGAAAAGGAAGUAAAAAUAAGGGAGAAACAAAGGGCACAGGCUCGACCUCUGACCCGCUAUCUGCCUGUGCGGAAGGAAGACUUUGAUUUGCGGAGCCACGUAGAGACUGCUGGCCACAAUAUCGAUACGUGUUAUCAUGUGUCAAUCACAGAGAAGACCUGCAGAGGAUUCCUCAUCAAAAUGGGUGGAAAAAUUAAAACCUGGAAAAAACGUUGGUUUGUUUUUGAUCGGAACAAGCGCACCUUCUCUUAUUAUGCAGACAAGCAUGAAGCUAAAUUAAAAGGAGUAAUAUACUUUCAAGCCAUUGAAGAAGUAUAUUAUGAUCACCUCAAGAACGCUAAUAAGAGUCCUAAUCCUUUACUUACCUUUAGCGUCAAGACACAUGACAGAAUCUACUACAUGGUGGCCCCGUCGCCAGAAGCCAUGCGGAUCUGGAUGGACGUUAUAGUGACUGGGGCAGAAGGCUACACUCACUUCUUGUUGUAGUGAGCUGACACAACUUCAGGGCAGACUGCAAUAAUCUCUUACAAGAAUGAAGCCAUAUCAACACCAGGUGGACAGACCCAACAGGCCCAUCCCUUUAACUGUGGAUACUCAGAACUGCUUUCAUAUUAACAGGAAGUCAUUUGUAAAAGAGAAAGAAGAGGUUUUAAUUCAGAGCUUGAUCAUAAAUAAUUCAAAGCUUGAUCAUAAACAGCAAAAGAAUUGCCUAUGAGAAAGAAAACACUUUUUUAGUAAAUAGCAUCACUUAUAGGAACAUUUCUUAUAAACUCUUUUUAUCAAUUGUUGACUUUGAUGAAAUAAGCUAGUUUACAAAAUGUCUGUAUGUACUUGGAAAAUAUGAAAUUAUUUUAGCACCCAAAUCAUUGGUGGCAUUGACGUUAUUGGUAAUCAACUGGCUGUUUUUUAAAGGAGUAUUUUGUGGAAGGUUAUUUUAUAAAUAUUAAUAUAAACAAAGAAGGGCUUGGAAAGGGAGUGUAUUGUAGGAGGAGUUUGGCCCUAAUUUUUAAGUACUACACCAAAACCAAAGACUUGACAUGACCUCUGCUGAACAGUAGUAGUUUCAAGUGAUGAACUGCGUUUAGUGUCACUCUGCAUUUUAAAAUGGUACUUUGAUGCCAACAAGUGCCCAGGAAGUUGACUUUGAAGAGUCACCACCAGCAUAAGCUACUGUCCAUACAUAGCAAACACUUUGUAAAAGAAGAACAAAAAGCUGUGUGUUACAGGAAGAAGCAGUCUUGGACAUUCUAUCACACUGGGCAAUUUAAAAGAAAGAGAAUGUUUAGCUUCAGCUGUUUUGCUGAUGAUUUCUCCAUUCCCAGUGCUGAGAAUAAAGGCAACAGUAACUGGUUUCCUUUAGAUUGUCCAACUUCUCUUUGUUGUGGAGUACACAUGUUAACUGCAGCCUCACAUGAUAUAACUAUGAAAUAGAGCUCUGUUUUCACCAAAGAACAGACCAAUUAGAAUACUUAUUUUCCAAAGUAUUGUAGUUCUAUUCAGAGGCACAUGAAGUUCACCUUAAUGUUCUCUGUAAUGUACUAUUUUAUGAUGUUUUUUCUUUACAGUUAGCUUUUGUUUUUUAGAGUUCAGUUAAUUUGUAUUGAAUGAAAUGACUUCAGGCAAGUCCUUUUGUAACAGUUUUUCAAAUGCCAUUUAUCCUGGUUUAUCAUGUUGUGUGUGUUUGUAAGUAUGAAUGUACUCUUUCUACUUAUUGACAAAGGAAUAGAAGUAGAAAAUAAUAAUGUUACUUACUAGUAAAAAUGAAAUGAUUAGAUUAGAAGUGUCUAUAAAAUUUGUCAGGCCUGACUGGGUACAAUUUUUUUUUUUUUAAUUUGCAGUGGUUUAUAUACAUGUUGCCAAUAAUAAGGUUUUGCGACUGGAUUACACAUGACGUUACUUGAACAGUGAAGGCCAAAAUCACAAUUGCAGAAGACAUUUUUAUAAUCUGUUUCUACAGAGAUCACCCUUAAACCCUGUAGUGAUCUAAGACAGUGAAGUACAAGUGCUGAACUUUUGUUGGUUAAUGUAAAGAUAUAACUUUUCUGAAUUGUACUUUACUUUCUUCAUAGGACUGUAAAGAUGCUCUAAUCAACUUUCUAUCUUGCACGAUGUAGUAAAUGGUUCAAAUAUGUGUGUCAAAAUAUGUUGAGUUUGGAUUAAAAUGUUGAUCAGAUUUCACAUUCAAAAAUAAACUCACUUUAAUUAGGAAAUUA